AUGGGCGAUAUACUCAAAGAUGUCCCUGAAUUUUUCGAGUCAGAGUUGGGAGAGUCUAUUGCUGCUCGCACAGAUGCUUUAGGCACAUUUCGCGAAUUAGGCCCGCCAGAUUUAUGCCAUAUCAUUAAGGCUCACCCUAAACCUGGUACUAAAGAGCUUGGCAGUUAUCAUUAUGUGUCCGGUGUCGACGCAUCCUCCUCUGCAACACUUGCUGCUUAUCUCAACUCAUUGACAUACUCUUUGGACGAAACUCAGUCGUGGUUUUCGAAGUCAAAUGCUUGGAGAAUUCGUUCUGGUAUCUACUGUUGUUUCAAUGCAGUUUCUCGCGUCGAUGUUCGCGUCGAAGUCAAGAUUCCUGGUGGUGUCGAAAGCUACUACGUCGAUGUUCGUGGUGAACGCCACGAAGCCACUUCUUCUAUUUGGCAGGAAACUUAUUUAUCUGCUGUUUUGCGUGCUAUUCUCUAUUCUGACGACAGUUAUUAUCGAUUGGCUGGAUAUCGAAAAUUAGAUCCAAUUACCAGCUUGGCAGGCGAGCAGAAAUUUUUGGAAGCUGUGGAAACAUUGUUUUGGAAGAGUUGGCAAUUGGGAAGUAAUCCAGAGAUUCAAACAGCUACAACUGUACAUAAUCAUCUGACAUCAGGUGUUAUGAAGUAUUUUGGAGACAGCUUUAGAUAUGGACCUGCAAUUGAAUUGUUUACCAAGUUGCACAAAAAGGACCCCGAAGUAGGCGCAUUGCUGGCAGACUCCUAUAUUGGUCAAAAUGAAGAAACGAAAGCUAUUAGAGUGCUGAAUGAAGAUUUGAAAAAGACACCUAUGAGUUAUCCAUUAUUGCAUAUUCAGGUGGAUUUCUUACGCAGUAAGGGUGAAUAUCAAAUGGCACUCAAAUUGGCCAAAUUUGCAGUAAACACAACACCAUCGGAAUUCUUGACUUGGGCAAAAUUGACCGAAGUCUAUAUCGAUGUUGGCGAUUAUAAAAAUGCACUUCUCACUUUGAAUUCUUGCCCUAUGUUUACUUAUAGUGAACGUGACAUGCACCGUAUGCCCGCUCCUAUUAAAACGCAUCUACCUAUUAAAACCGAUAUCAUCAACUCAGGCAUCAUGGAAGAGGAUGCAGCAGGUCGCGAAAAUGAAGCCGAUCCUAAUUUGGCUCGCUUGCCUGCACCAGCGCUUCAUGGCACAUUUGCUAAAGCCUAUGCUUUGCUGACACGCUUGGUUAGUAAGAUUGGUUGGGAUGACCUACUAAGAUGUCGCUCUGAGGUGUUUGUCAUGGAAGAAGAAUACAGGUUGCAAAAAGCCAAAGAGGAUAAUCAAAAGUCUUCCACCAGUAUCAAUGGUACUAAUGAUGAGCAUGAGGACGACCAGCUAGCCGAAGCAGCAACACAAAAAAGUGACAGAAAUAAAGAUACUGACAAUCAUCCAUUACCGAUGCCUGAUGAGGAAACUUCUCGUAAGAUAGAAGAGGAUAAAGAUCAUAAGUCAGACGAAGAGAAAUCAGAAUUAGAAGAAAACGAACACACAAUAACGGAGAAUACUAGUAAUCAGGAAGAAAUGAAUGGCGUAAAGAAUGAUGAAAAUGAAUUAGCGGACCAGAUGGAUUCUAUAGACUUAGACACUGAGGAAAAAGAAAACGGCAAUAAUGACAAAAAUGUAGGUAAAGAGGAUGAACCCCGAUCUAUUGAACUUCAACACACACCUGUUAGCCGUCCUACUCAAGCAGCAGCUGAAGAAUCCUCAUCGGCAGCUGCAGAUAAGUCCGAGACCAGUCAUACAGUUAGCAAAUCUUCUGGAAAGAACAAUAGCAACAAUAACAAUAGUACACGUAUAGAUACACCUAAUCCUAGCGACGGUGUUAACUUCUCAUUUAGUAACAAACGUCUCUGUGAACGUUGGCUAGACAAUCUUUUUAUGGUACUCUAUGAAGAUUUACGAAUCUACACUUUUUGGCGUACCGAGGUUGCUCAUUAUCGCGCUCAGCAAAUGCCAUACCGCAAAACUGGCACGGAAUGGGAAUUAUUGGGUGAUUUAGCACAACGUUUAUGGCAUGCACCAGAAGCUAAAGAAGCCUAUGAACAAUGCUUGGAUCAAAAAUUCUCAGCAAAAGCAUGGAUGAAACUUUUGGAGAUUUACGUAAAAGAGUCUAAUGUACAGAGAGCCCUUUUGGCAGCUGUUAAAUUGACAGUGUAUCACGAAAGAUGGUAUCAUGAAAUUGUGUACCCUAGUGAGAUUGCUCGUCAUUUGAACGUGUUGGUUCGCAGAGAAGGCUUAUCAAAAAUGCAAAAUAUAUUAACAUCGAUGAAUUUGCCUCGUCCUGUCCAAAAAUUGAUGACAAGAUAUUUUGACUAUGCAGAACUAUUUAAGGUGGAAGGCUACGAGUUUUGA